UAGGCUAGCUUUUUUUUUUUUCCUCCCUCUCCUCUCUUUUCUCUUUUCCCUCCUCUGUCCUUCAUUCUCUCAUUUAAGAGAGAGACAAGAACCCCACAUUUGACAAAUACAAAUAUACUAGCAACUACUACCACCAUGGCAUCCGCAAGCAGCUCUGCACAGGCCGCCUUCGGGCUGGGCCGGAGGAAGAAGAACCCCGGCCUUCUGGAUCAGAUUGGAAAGUUCUUUGGAGGGGACAAGAAGAGGAAGAGCAAGGGAUCUUUCCGAGGUGCUCUUUCUCCAGCCCCUCAGAAAGCCUCUGCAACUUCCCCACGCAAGCGUGGAGCAGAGAACGCUGUGGUCCACUUCUUCCGCACGAUCGUGUCCCCUGCCCCUCCUAAGUCCAGGUGGAGAGGACUAGCAGCCAAGAUAGGCCUGGGUGACCAGAAGUCACAGUCUGCUAAAGGCAAGAAGGCCAGUGCAGGGGACGGCAAAGGCACCCUGACUAGGAUCUUCAAAAUGUGAUGAUAUCAGCAGCAGAGGAAGCAGGAGUGCUUCUCCAGCCAAACGCUGAAGUCCCUCUCUACGACCUCUUCCAACAGCACGAGGGCAGAUGUUCAAGAACUCGGGACUAAAGUGGGGGAAAAAAAGCAAAAACAAGACAAAAAAAAAAAACAACAAAAAAAACAAACCAAGAGGAAGAAAAGGAGGAAAUCUUGUCACCCUUUACACUCACCUUCCCCUCCACCUCCUCUGAUAACAUUCUAAUGUUUGCUAAAUCCCUCAUCUCUCCUGUUACUCCCUCCCACACCUCACCCCACCCCCUUUGGCUGGUAGAUAGCGACACAAUCUGUUGCCCCCUCCCACCCACCCCCCCUCCCUUGCAUGCGUUGUGCUGAGUCUGUGCAGUCAUCAUCAUCAGUGUGAACUGUUUGCUGAAGUUGAUCCUGAAGCCGCUCACAUGUGCAGCCUGAAUGACCCCCCCUGACCCCUGCCGUGGCUCUCUCUCUCUCUCUCUCUCUACGUAUUUAUACUUGUGCUUGAGUUUCUGUGGACGUCCUUGAUGGUUUCUCUAACAUAAGGUGGCUGAACUGAAGCCGACCUGGGGCAGUAGAAAGUUCCGGCCGGUGCAAGUCCGACUGACUUGACCGUCAUUUUGCCGCUUGCUGAUUGGAUGAAAAGACCGGGUCGUCUCUGUUCUAGUAAAGAGUGAUUUUCUGUCUCGUCGCACUGUCUGUGUCUCUCCCUCAAACCUUUUCCCAUAAACCCAAACAUAAACCCAUGUUGGAGUUUUGUUUUAUAAUAGAUUUAACAGAUUUUGCAUUAUUAUGAGAGCCAUUUUGGUCACUGUGUGUUUUCAUCCCUCGUGUCUUAGCUGUAGUUAAGUGUCCUGUCAUAAAUGUGAUGUUGAUCUAUGUUUGUCAUUAAGGCUGGCUGUGGAUUUUGUGGUUAAAGUUAAAUUCCUAAACCUUCUAAAUCAAUUUUCUGCCAUAGUCACUGAAAAAAGUUAAAUAAAUGAGUCACUUCUAAUGUAUCAUUUCUUUUUCAGUCCAUGAGAUAAUGGUAUACACUAACUCUCCUUCCCAUGUAUGUAACUGAAUUAUUUCAUAGUGCACUAUUUUCCACUUUUAAAACUUCCAGACUCUGAAUCUGGAGCGUGAUGCCAGAUUCAGACCUUUUCAUCUAUGCUUUAGUAUAGUCUAGUGUAGUCUACUUUGUCUUCGCUGUCUCUAUCUUAGGCACAGCACACAUCCUGUAAAUGAAAUUCACAAAAAAAAAAAAACCUCACUCAGCAACAAGUGCCUUUCCUCCUGACUACCAAAAACAACGUGCUGUGUUUCAUUUUUGUGGAUAAUAAAAAACAAAACAAACACAAUUUCAAAAAGGUGCUCUGUAACUAACUCUACAUGGUGUUACUUGAGAAUGUGCAAGUUGAAAGUCAGUUGAAGAAAAAGCUCAGCACGACCACUUGUGCUAUUCCAGACGUCCAUCUUCCAAAAGCAGACAUGCGUGAUGUGUAGCGUCCAUCUCUCCUACUGUUUGUGUGUGUGCUUGAUCCUCAUGAGUGCUGUGUAGUGUGUUUUUUGUGUUUGUUUUUUUUUUCCUCUGAAUGGAUCCUGUGAAUGAAUGUAAAGAUCCUCCUCAUUACUGUUUGUGUAAUAAAACAUGACCAGCCACUUAACUGAGAAUAAAAGAUUAAAAAAAAUAUAUAAAACCAACUCUA